CUUAAAUGUCAAACCCCUCAACCACAGAAACUUCCUUUCCACCAUAACACAAAAUCCAUAGAUGGCAUCCCUCAUAGCUCUUAGAAAAACGAUCGCUGCCCCUGCCGGAUUCUUCUGGAGGCUCACUGCAGGCCGCUCAUAUGCUUGUUCCCGCUCCUUCAACACUGGAACACCUGGGUACGCCGGAGAUGAAAACGACACCGGUCAGGUUGACAACGCCCCCAGCCGCCGCAACGACGACGACUCCAACCGCCAGGGCCUCUCUUCCUCCUCGGACCGUGGACUUGCUCCCCGGCGAGACUCUGCUCCAGCUGGCUUCUUCCUCAGAGAUAUGGUGGAUGCAUGCUUCUUUCUCUGCAUGCAGUUUCUUUCUGGUCUGGUCAGAAGAAAUGAAGGAUGCCCUUCUGGAAGUCAUCCCUCUGGAGCAGAGAGGCAACAGAAGGAACUGAUCCAGCACCACCAUUGCUGAUACUGCUGUUAGUGUUAUGAUUUGUGGUAGAGGGGUUGUCGUGGUUCAGAUGCAUACCCAUGAGAAAAGGCUGGUUUUGUUGAUGAUGCUGCAUGCAAUUGCUGGAUUGGGACGAUGUUGGAAUCACUUAUUCAUUGAUCCAGAAAAACCCAAUUCUAUUUGAUUCUGCUUUUUUUAUUAGAUUGGCAUCUGGGAUUUCUUUUGCUGUUUGGACCAAAUCAAAUCAAAAUUCAAAAGAAAGAGCGAAGCAGACUCACUAGGAUUCCAUGGUGGAGUCGUCGGAAGAAUGUGGGCAGGGCACUGGGUCUCUCCUUCCCGAGGUGAAGAGCGAAGCGGCGAGGAAGGGAUUCAACUCUACUAGAACCCACGAGACCGGCGAGGGAUUCGAUGGCGGUCGGAGGUCCUCACGAGGCCGCUGGCGGCGAGGACGAUGAUGGUGGCGACUGGCGAGGCCGCGAGGGAACUCUGUUUUGUUUGGCGAAGACGAAGAGAGCGCGCGGCUGCGGCUGCGAGAACGAGGUGGACGAUGAUAGGG